AAAGUUUCUUUUUUCUAAAUGAAGAGAUUUGGGAUUCAAAACGCAGUUCUACUAGUAUCAUUUCUUUUUGUUGUGCUUCUCUUCACCUGUUUUGCUUCCAGCCAAAACGAUGGCGUUUACGAAGACUCCGCGUCUGAUUAUAAAUGGGUUCGGAUCCGGGUCGGGUUAGUUUUGGAUUUGGAUUCUCUGGAGGGAAAAAUGGUGGGAAGAUCUGUUACAACGGCACUUUCAGAUUUCUAUGCCGUUAACACUGAUCACAAAACAAGAGUCUCUCUCUCGAUCAGAAACUCUCACGGGGAGCCUCUCCUAGCUCUCGCUUCUGCUGUAGAUCUGCUGCAAUCUGAAGAAGUGGAGGCGAUUAUCACCGCCGGGGACUCGAUUCUUGAAACGAAGCUGUUGGCGGAGAUUGGGGAGAAAUCUAAGGUUCCAGUGAUCUCAAUUAAAUCUCCGGUAUCAUCUUCGUUGAGCAGAUACAAUCACUUGAUCCAAGUGACACAUGAUUCUUCCUCCGAGGCGAAGGGGAUCACAGCUUUCAUCCAUGGGUUCGAUUGGAACAGUGUUGGUCUUGUCUACGAGGAUGAAGAUGACUGGAGAGAUAGUAUGCAACAGCUUGUGGAUCAUUUUUAUGAGAACGGUGUUGGUAUACAAUCCAAGGCUGGUUUUGCAGUCUCUUCAACCCAGGAAAUGGUUAUGGAUCGGUUAGGGAAGAUGAAGGACUUGGGGACGAGUGUGUUUGUGGUGCACUUGUCUGAGGUUAUUGCUACUCGUCUCUUCGAAUGUGCUGAGAGAUUGGGGAUGAUGGGUGAAGGGUUUGCUUGGAUCCUCACUGCCAAAAGCAUGACCAGUUUCCAUGGAAAAGAGGCAAUGGAAGGUGUGGUUGGUUUCAAGACUUACAUUCCAAUGUCAAGAGUGCUUCAGAACUUCACUUUGAGACUGAGAACAUCACUAGGGAAUGGAGACGAUAAUCGGUUGAGUGUCUCUGGUGUAUGGGCUCAUGAUGUAGCUUGGGCACUGGCGAGAUCAGCGGAGAUGGUGAAUGCAUCAUCAACUCUCCUUGAGGCUAUCACUGAAUGCAGGUUUAAGAGUUUGAGUGGUGACUUCCAAGUGAAGGAUAAGAAGUUCUUGUCAGACAAGUUUGAGAUAGUGAAUUUGUUGGAAUCAGGUGAGAGGAGAAUAGGGUUCUGGAAUGGCAAUGGUAGUUUCAGCAGUAGAAGACAUUUUAACAAGCUCGAGGCUAUAAUCUGGCCUGGUGGGUCUGCUCAAACUCCGAGAGGGCGCGCUCUUGGAGAAAGCAUAAGAAAAAAGCUGAGGGUUCUGGUUACAUCUAGCAACAGAUUCCCAAGCCUGAUGGACGUGGAGACUUCAGCAAUAAAUGUUACAACUGUGAAAGGGUUCUGUAUAGAAGUCUUCCAGGCUGCCAUUGCACCUUUCAACUAUGAUCUGGAGUUCAUCCCUUGGCGCAAUGGAAGUAACUACGACAAUCUUGCAAUUGCACUUUCUACUCAGAAAGACAAAUAUGAUGCAGCCGUGGGAGAUAUUACAAUCACUGCCAAUAGAUCAAAGUAUGUUGAUUUUACUAUGCCAUUCACCGACAUGGGUCUUGGAAUAGUAGCACCAAAGGAGAGUAGUAUGUGGGUGUUCUUCCAUCCUCUAACGCGAGACCUUUGGAUAACAAGUGCAGCUUUCUUUGUCUUGACGGGCACUAUAGUUUGGUUGAUAGAAAGACCUGAUAACAAAGAGUUCCAGGGUUCUUGGCAGAAACAGAUCGGAGUUAUAUUUUGGUUUGGCUUCUCUACCCUUGUUUAUGCGCAUAGGGAGAAACUACAACACAACUUAUCCAGAUUUGUUGUUACAGUUUGGAUAUUUGCAGUGCUCAUAUUGACUACAAGCUAUACUGCAACUUUGACAUCAAUGAUGACGGUGCAACAGAUACGAUUCAACUCUAAUAAAGAUCAUGUGGGGCAUCUUUCGGGCUCCCUCAUUGCAAAUAUGUCCCUAACCGGUCCCAAAUUCCGAUCAACGAACACCAAGGGUCUCAAUACUUCUAAAGACUAUGCUCAAGCUUUGUUGGACAAUACUGUCUCAUUUGUUGUCGAUGAGUUGCCAUACCUCAAAGUCCUCCUUGGAGAGAAUCCUGAAAAGUUUCUCAUGGUCAAGGCACAUUGUAACACCAUUGGUUUCGGCUUUAUGUUUCAGAAGGGCGGCGACUUGGUGCAUCGUGUGUCCAUGGAGAUCUUGAAACUAAGGGCGAGCGAUAAAAUAAGUGAGAUGGAGAAAAGAUCGUUUGAGAGUAAACUUCCAUACACAGCAGAUGAUACAUCAAAUCCUCUAACUCUUUAUAUGUUCCGCGGAUUGUUUAUGAUCACUGGAGUUUCUUCAGCUUUGGCUCUUGCACUACUUCUCAUUAUCUGGCUCCGAGACAACUGGGAGGAUCUGAUGAACUCGGUCAACCUAUUCCUCUCGCGACGACUUGUACAUUUUAGGAUCCUCUGCGCAACAAGUAUCCAUCCCAACCCUCUUGAUGACGAGAAUGCGGUUCAAAUGGCUCAACGUAACUGAAGAUAGGAACUGAUUCAAACAUAGCAAUAUAUGUGUUAGAUUCGGACUUACUAUGGGUUUUCAGCUUAAAACCAAUUGGUGAUAAGUAGAUUAACUCUAACCCUCUAUAUAUUACUUAAAAGUCUCCUUGAAUAAUAUGUUCAUUACCGUAUGUAAAUGCAAUUUCAAAAAAAAAAAAAAUUAUGUUUUCUGUGAUUCUUUAUCAGGUGAUGAUUACCUUUCAAAACAUUAAUUAUAUUCACUGAAGUUUCUUGUGAUUUAAAAUGGCUGAGCAUCAGUUUAGAAAUCGCUGAGAAGGUUUCGGGUAUGUAUACUUAUAGGGCUUGUAUGGAGGAUUUAUUGGCAUGUUUUCAGACCAGUUUUUUCUUCAGCAGCUAACAGGAGUUAGUUUCACUCAUAGUAAUGGUCUAUAGUUUAACGGCUACAUCACACCCAAACAUUUGGCUACUGUAUAUAUUGAUCUGCUCAGAAAUCCUUAGUGUAAAAGGAACCAACAAACAAGGUAACAAUGAUAGUGUAGACACUAAACACCAUGAAUAAUCCUACAUAGUAUAACCUACUCUUCAAAACCCAUCCACACCAGAUACAUUACAAAGGCUUAUUCUAAUUUGUAUUAGUAAGAUCCUAAACAUCCUUUUUAGUUUGAUUCUACGUUGUUUCUCCUACCAUCUACCAAACAUAAUCUCCUCUUAGAUCAAUCAACUUAUUUCUCAUGGAAGUUCUGCAAUUUUUAUUAGGAUAAAAAAAUUCAUUGGACUGUUAGAGAACCUGGUUUGACCCCAUUGGCCUGAGGGAAAAUGGGCAUUUAAUUCCCAAAGUAUUUGAAAUCGGCAGUUUUAAUACUCAAAUAUUGUUUGCGCAUAUAUAUUCCUCAACCAAUAAUUGACUGCGCAAAAUUGAAAACAAAAUAGUCAACCGUUAACUGAUGAACAAAAAAAAUAACGGUUUCUGUCAAAUUUUAAACACUAGAAUAUUCUAAUAAUGAUUUUGCACAGUCAAUGAUUAGUUGGAGAAUAAAUAUGCACAUAUAAUAUUUGAGUAUUUAAUUUGCCGAUUGAAAAUACUUUGAGGAAUUAAAAACUCAUCUUUUUCUUUAUAUUUCUUAUAAGAUUGAAAGUCAUUAACAUCAAUCCCUUUAAAAAAACACAAGUAAAAAUAUUUUCUAGUUAAAUAAAAUCAUUGUACGAGAUAUUUACCUUUAGAAGAGAUUGUUGAUUUUUUACACUGACAUAUAAAACAAUACAAAAUAAUUAUUGUUACAUCGUAUUGUCGAUGUACUUCAUGUUUAUAUCACUUUAGAUGAUUUUUAAAAUAAUUCAUAGUUAGAAAGAUUCAUAAUUUGAAAUAAUAUACAAGAUAUUUAAUCUAGUAAAAGGAUUUAUUUAGUUUAUAAAAGCAUAUAAAAUAACAUAAGAUAAUUACAUUUGCAUUGUAUUGCUGAUGUGCAAUAUAUGAAUGUGUAAAGUACAGAUAAUUAGAUAUGAUUGUCUAAAGUAGAGAUCCAAUGUACAACAUAUAAUUGUCUAAGCAAUAUGAAAUCAUCCAUAAGUGAUUUUAUAAACAUGAAGUACAUCAACAAUACGAACAAUACGAUGCAACCAUAAUUAUUUGUAUUAUUUUAUACGUCAUUGUUAAAACUCAAAAAUCUCUUUCAGAUAGAUAAAACUCUCUUGGUUAUAUCUAACUUGAGAAUAUUUCAAAUUUUGAUUUUCUAAAAAAAGAAGUGUUGUUUUAAAUUUCUCAAGUAUUUUUAAUCGGCAAAUUAAAUACUCAAGUAUUAUAUGUGCAUAUUUAUUCCCCAACUAAUCAUUGACUGCGCAAAAUCAUGAUUAGAAUAUUCUAUCGUUAAAAAAUUGACGGAAACCGUUAUUUUUUCGUUCAUCAGUUAACAAUUGACUAUUUUGUUCUCAAUUUUGCGCAGUCAACUAUUAGUUAGAGAAUAAAUAUGCGCAAGCAAUACUUGAGUAUUAAAACUGCCGAUUUCAAAUACUUUGAGAAUUAAAU